AUGAUUUCUUGUUUAGAUCUUCACCUUGCUGCUGAGCUUGGGAAGACACUACUGGACCGUAACACUGAACUAGAAGAAUCUUUACAGCAAAUGUAUGCGACAAAUCAAGAGCAACUGCAGGAGAUAGAGUACCUCACAAAGCAAGUGGAGCUCUUGCGUCAGAUGAAUGAUCAGCAUGCAAAAGUCUACGAACAGCUGGAUGUGACAGCAAGGGAACUAGAAGACACUAAUCAAAAGCUAGUUGCAGAGAGUAGAGCUUCACAACAAAAGAUAUUAAGCUUGACAGACACUAUUGAAAAUCUACAAACACACAUAGAUGACCUGCAACGACAAGUAGAAGAAUUGAAAAAGUCUGGACGAGGCCGGAUGAGCCAUGAAAGAUCUGACCAGCCAAGAUCAAUGCAUAGCUUCUCCUGUUUGAAGGAGCUGUAUGACCUUCGCCAGUAUUUUGUUUAUGAUCAUGUGUUUGCAGAAAAGAUUACUUCGAUGGAUAGUCAGCUAAGUCCUCUAGAAGAAGAAAAUGAGAACUUAAAAAAGGCAGUUACAGUUCUGCAAGCCCAACUUAACCUAGAAAAAGAGAAGAGGGUAACAAUGGAAGAGGAAUAUAGUCUUAUGGUAAAAGAAAACUGUGACCUUGAACAGAGGCUUGUUGAUGUAGACUUGUAUCGGGCUCGUGCAGAGGAGUUGGAAGUGGAAGUAGCUGAAAUGCGACAAAUACUACAGUCUGAAAACACAUUCCAUAAUGCAGAGAAAUUGGUGCCAGAAUCCUUUUUCAUUUCAUUCAAGGAGUCUUUAGAAAGGGAGCUUGGUCAGAGCCCAGCAGAUGAUGGACUUCCGACUGUAUCAGAGCUUGAGAAGAAGGCACUGAAACGGAGCAGCAGUGAAACCUUCCUAAGCAGUGCUGCAGGGGGAGACAUUCUAAGGGGCCAUGAAGAAACAUGUAUCAGGAGAGCUGAAGCUGUGAAGCAGCGAGGCAUCUCUGUACUUAAUGAAGUUGAUGCUCAGUAUAAUGCUUUGAAAGUGAAGUAUGAGGAACUUUUGAAGAAGUGUCAAAUGGAUGAAGAUUCUUUGAAACACAAGGCUGUACAAACACUGAAGCAGUAUUCCAAAGACCUAAAUGUGGGGAAUACCCAGUAUGAUCUUUCAGCUAGCAAUCAAGAAUUCACAAAUGUGGAGCUAAGUGACUCUCCCACAAAUGCUCUUCCUGAAUAUAAAGCGCUCUUCAAGGAAAUUUUUAGCUGUAUCAGAAAAACAAAGGAAGAAAUAGAUGAACACAGAGCUAAGUACAAGUCCCUCUCUUCUCAGCCGUAACAUUGAACAUGCUGAUGACCCAUUUUCUGUCGAUGACUAAUCUGUUAGUCAAGAAGGGGAAAAACAUUAUACAAAUGUCAGAAGACCCCUUAUACUGAUGUGUUUCUUGAGCACUCAGAAUGAAUGUUUUGAAUUGGCUUGUAGACCUGUAGUUAACAAGCUAGUUAGUUAACAGCUAGUUUCCCUGUACCUAUGUAGCAAUAGAUUUAAUGUCGUUUAGUGCUGUCACACAAACUCAU